GACUCCCUCGCGAAACGCUGAUCGCCGAAUGCGCCUCGGCGAGAUACAGAGCUGAAAAAGCCGCGGCUGAAAUAACGUGUCGGGCCGGACGAGGGUCAGUUUUUCGUUUACGAGUGUGUAUUCGAUCUGUCCGUUGCGGCGAGCCGCGACGCACCUUGGCCAGUGUCAUCGUGUAACAAGCUGCGGGUAUCGCGAUAAUGCCAUUGUUGUGAUAGCGGUACCGCGGUGGCGGUGUUGAGCUGGCGGGGGAAGAUAAAGGGGGAAGGCAAGCGAGUAGGCAAGCAGGCAUAGGCUAGGGAAGAGAGGGUGAGGGAGUGAAGAGGUGACGCGAGGUAGCGAGACUGUGUGCGAGAGCGCGAUACUCGCGCGCGCAGCUCAUACGUGUGUCACAAUGGCAACCUUGACACUUGGUGAUCGUUUUUGGCGGCUCCGCGCCGCGGAGAUCGCGCGUCCGGCGGCAUCGCGUCGCGAGUGAAAGCGGAGGGCACGCCUUGAGCAGCAGCAGCGACAAACACAAAAAGAAGAAGAAGGAGGAGGUGGAGGUGGUGGACGGUAUAUGGUGCCGAAAGACGCGGGAGCGCCGCGUACGUAGACGUCGACAUCGGGACACGGCGCGGAGUCACGCAUCCGCUACAUCCAGAAUCGGCGUGGUCACGUGUACGCGUCGUGUGGAGACUUUGUUAAUGGUUGUCAGUGGCAGCGAGGGAUGCGAUUUCCCGAGUUCGCGAGUGAUAAUCGCUGCAGCUCGACGGUGUUGUGACCGUGUAGUCCCUCGUAUGUACGCACGUGGACAAUAACACAAUAACGCAGUGCGUAGCCGCGCGUGAACCGGCCGCUGGAAAUGGUGGUGUAAAGUGAAGAAACAUAGACGCUCGAAACGAUCCGUGAUCCUUGCAUCUUAUAAUUCUGUCAUCCCGAAGAAACACGCAGAACAAGGCAAAAUGGCACAAAUGGAGCAGCAAUUACCGCUUCCCAUGCCAGAUUUAAGCACCCUUCGUAUAACUACAGCCGUCUCUAUGCUUGGCAAAGCAUAUGGAUGUGGUCAAUGUAAUGCCCCCCCACCUGGACCUUCAACAAGCGGUGGUGGUUCUGUUGGGACUGCAGCGGGAGUAGCGGCAAGUAGUGUCGCAGCUCCCAGCAACAUGGGGCUUGUUCCCGCGCAACAGGCACACACUCCUCCUCAACCUACGGAACUGCCAAUGUUUACGUGCCCUCGAAGACCAAACAUAGGACGAGAAGGCAGACCGAUUGGUUUGCGAGCUAACCACUUCCAAAUUAGUAUGCCACGUGGCUAUGUUCAUCAUUAUGACAUUAGCAUACAGCCUGAUAAAUGUCCUCGGAAAGUUAAUAGGGAAAUUGUAGAAACUAUGGUUCAUGCAUAUACUAAAAUAUUUCAAUCUCGUAAGCCUGUGUUUGACGGCAGAAAUAACUUGUAUACAAGGGACCCUUUGCCUAUUGGGCAUGAUAAAGUAGAAUUAGAGGUUACACUGCCUGGUGAGGGUAAAGAUAGGGUUUUCCGUGUUGUUAUAAAAUGGUUGGCGCAGGUAUCGCUAUUUGCUUUAGAAGAGGCUCUAGAAGGACGAACUAGACAAAUUCCAUACGAUGCCGUUCUUGCUUUAGACGUCGUAAUGAGGCAUUUACCAUCUAUGACAUACACUCCAGUAGGUAGAUCAUUCUUUAGUACACCAGAAGGAUACUAUCAUCCAUUAGGCGGAGGCAGGGAAGUGUGGUUUGGAUUCCAUCAAUCAGUGAGACCAUCACAAUGGAAAAUGAUGUUGAAUAUUGAUGUCUCUGCCACUGCUUUUUACAAAGCGCAGCCAGUUAUAGAAUUUAUGUGUGAAGUAUUGGAUAUUCGAGAUAUUAAUGAACAAAGGAAACCACUGACAGAUUCUCAAAGAGUGAAAUUUACCAAAGAAAUCAAGGGUCUCAAGAUUGAAAUAACUCACUGUGGAGCUAUGAAGCGAAAAUAUAGAGUGUGCAAUGUUACACGUAAACCAGCUCAAAUGCAAUCAUUUCCAUUGCAACUGGAAAAUGGACAGACAGUCGAAUGUACAGUUGCCAAAUAUUUCUUAGAUAAGUACAAAAUGAAGUUGCGCCAUCCACACCUUCCUUGUUUGCAAGUUGGCCAAGAACAUAAACAUACGUAUUUGCCGCUCGAGGUUUGCAAUAUUGUUGCUGGACAACGUUGCAUUAAGAAGUUAACUGAUAUGCAGACUUCGACCAUGAUCAAAGCAACAGCGCGUUCUGCACCAGAUCGUGAACGGGAGAUUAACAAUUUAGUUAGAAGGGCUGACUUUAACAAUGAUUCUUAUGUACAAGAAUUUGGAUUGACUAUAUCAAAUAGUAUGAUGGAAGUCAGGGGUCGUGUAUUACCUCCGCCCAAACUACAGUACGGAGGGCGCGUAAGUUCCCUCAGUGGACAGACGAAGCAGCAGGCAAUGCCUAAUCAAGGUGUGUGGGAUAUGCGUGGUAAGCAGUUCUUCACUGGAGUGGAGAUUAGAGUGUGGGCAAUUGCUUGUUUUGCGCCACAAAGAACAGUACGCGAAGAUGCGCUACGUUUAUUCACGACGCAACUCCAGAAAAUUAGUAAUGAUGCUGGCAUGCCCAUCAUUGGGCAACCAUGUUUUUGUAAAUAUGCUACUGGACCGGAUCAAGUCGAACCCAUGUUUAGAUACUUGAAAUCGACUUUUUCGCAAUUGCAGCUAGUUUGUGUUGUAUUACCUGGCAAAACUCCUGUAUAUGCCGAAGUGAAAAGAGUAGGAGAUACAUUAUUAGGCAUGGCGACUCAAUGUGUACAAGCGAAAAAUGUCAAUAAGACAUCUCCACAGACAUUAUCCAAUCUCUGUCUUAAAAUAAAUGUCAAAUUAGGAGGCAUCAAUAGCAUUCUAGUACCUAGUAUAAGACCGAAAGUGUUUAACGAACCAGUUAUAUUUCUUGGAGCUGAUGUAACUCACCCGCCGGCGGGAGAUAACAAGAAACCCAGCAUAGCUGCUGUAGUGGGCAGCAUGGAUGCCCAUCCAUCUCGAUAUGCAGCAACUGUUAGGGUUCAACAACAUAGACAAGAGAUAAUUCAAGAACUCAGUUCGAUGGUUAGGGAAUUACUUCUAAUGUUUUACAAGAGUACGGGCGGAUAUAAGCCGCAUAGAAUAAUUCUGUAUCGCGAUGGCGUUUCUGAAGGACAAUUUCUCACCGUUUUGCAACACGAAUUAACUGCCAUUCGUGAAGCAUGUCUCAAGCUGGAGAUCGAUUAUAGACCCGGUAUAACGUUUAUCGUGGUACAAAAGAGACAUCAUACGCGUCUAUUCUGCGCAGACAAGAAGGAACAAAGCGGGAAAAGUGGAAAUAUUCCGGCGGGUACAACUGUUGACGUAUGUAUAACUCAUCCAACGGAAUUCGACUUUUACCUCUGCAGUCAUCAGGGUAUCCAGGGUACAUCGAGACCAUCGCAUUAUCAUGUACUUUGGGAUGAUAAUCAUUUUGAAAGUGACGAAUUACAAUGUCUUACAUACCAAUUAUGUCACACUUAUGUCAGAUGUACGAGAUCCGUCAGUAUACCAGCACCGGCGUAUUACGCUCAUCUCGUAGCUUUCCGAGCUAGAUACCAUUUGGUCGAGAAAGAGCACGAUAGUGGGGAAGGUUCUCAUCAGUCGGGUUGUAGCGAAGAUAGGACACCAGGUGCGAUGGCACGAGCAAUCACGGUUCACGCUGACACGAAACGAGUUAUGUAUUUCGCAUAAUUUCGUUUUUUGGAUCGAAAUAUCAUACGAAUUUAAUCCUGCUUAUCUCUGCGAGAAAAUGACUGUAUAUAGUUGCAUCUCUGUGACGAGUGAAACCGACGAGGAAGCUUCAUCGGGCAGCCGGGAAUAGUCACAGCGCAACUAUAGCGCAUCGCGUCACAAACUUUUGGACUAUUUAACAGCUACAACAGUUAAAUAGUCAAUUUUCUGUAUUUUUUUCUUUUUCUCUUUUCUGUCUUCUGAUCGAAUUUAUAUGAUAGCUUUUUUUAUAUGUGUGACAUAUAUAUUGUAUGUUAUAUUCACAUCUGUACAGAAGGAGAGAGUAAGUUCUCGAUUGAUUUUAUGAACUUGUAUAGAGUAAUAGAGUAAGUUUUUAUGAGGGUGCUUUUAAUUAAUGCGCUCGGUUUCUAAAUCAGAGAUAUCUUGCUCUGGUAAACAAAGCCAUUUGCAAAGAUAGAUUGAAAGUAAACUAAACAAGUUUUUUUUUAUCUUUAUGGAAAUUAAGCUAGAUUAGAUGAUUAUAGAGGUGAUUGGGUAUGACCUCUUAAACCAAUAACAGAUUGAUUUAAACCAAAUAUGGAUUACUGCACUAUCUUGCACUCGAGAUAAUAGUACUUUUUGGUUUAAACGAUUUCAUAAUGAAAUUAGUGCGGCAUAUUACGCUUAUUUUUUCAGGGAACGAAUUUUCCCUAGCAUUUGUGUGCAAAAUAAAGGGGGAAAGAACAAAAGAACCAAAAUCAUGAUUGUAUAAAUCGCUAUUUGCGAGACUGUUAUCCUGUUGUAUGUGUGUAUAGUUUUUAUUUUGCGAGGAGUAUAUAACUCCAUUCUGUAAAUUCUGUAAAUUCUAGAUCUCUAAUCAUGCUGCUGAGAUUGGCAUAAUAAAAGCUAAACAAUCGGUUGAUGAUGAUGAUAAUAAUAUCUUUAGGAUUGUGAGUUACAUUACGUCAUAUCUGAAUCAUAAUGCCGCUAUCUUUUAUACGAGAUGCACUUUUAAAGUAUAGAAACAUUCACAAAACCAUUUUAAAAAUAAUUCUGGAAUAUUCUCAAGAAAACCGAUGAAACAACACCAAUUUGUGUGUAUACUUCGUCUAAGUAGUUUAGUGGAUAAGAAAGGACAUAAUCUUCAUACAUAAAGACAAUUAUGUAAUAAAACUAGAAAUAUUGAACUUGCGCUAUUUAUGUGACUUCCAUCAUAAUUUUUAAGCUUUGAGUGUCUACUUAAAAAAAAAAUACUGUCAAAAGUCACUCUCCAAAUGUCAUAUUCACUAAUACGACUAUGAUAUCUUACUGAAAAGUAAUGCAGAGAAUUAUUUUCUUAAUCUCUUUAUAUUUCUGAAAAUUGUUCUCUCAAAUGGACACUUUAAGCUUUAGGAUUCAAAUUUAGCAUAAUUUAAUCGAAUAUGGUCAUUUUAAUACUACUAAUUGUUAGAAUGUAUAUUUUGUUUUAUUUAAUUUCUCAUUAAAUCGUAUUAUCGUCUGCACAUUGCACACAGCUCAUAAUGCUCUAUGCUUACAACUAUCAAUGACAUUACUGAACUAGGAAAUACAACUAGGAUAUAAUUCUAAGGAUGUAUACAACUUUAUCUGUGUUAAAUGCGUAUCGGGAAUGAAAGUAAACGGAUAUCCAUGUCUGAUGUCCGAGAUAAGCCGGGGUAUUAUCUACUCAGAUAAAAGAAUAAUGGCUAUGAAUAAGCCGAAUUUAUAUGGCAUUAAAUGUGGGCCGAUAAUAAGCCCUUUUCAUAGAACGUGCAAGAAACUUCGGGAUAAAAAUAAUAAAUCGCGAUAUUGCAUUGAUGUAAUGUAAAAUUAUGCAAACGUGAAGAUGCACUAGUAAUUGAUAGGUUUAGCUAUUGCUUUAAAAAGAGUGGAUUGUGAAAACCAAGAUUAGUUGUAAGAGUAUUAUACAAGUAAGGUCUUUUAUCAAUUUUAAGAGAAUAAUUAUCCGUUUGCUUGAUAAUGCCAAACUUUAAGGAUUUCAUAUUUUUACUCUAAUGGUCGCGAUUCUUGUGCAAAUCUAUUUCAAUAAUCUUUCGGAACAAUAAUUAUUAAUAAUUAAAAUAAGAGCAAAGCCUUGCAAGUAACAUGGAUAAUCCAAGUUAUGGGGUAGGAUCAUAUAUUAAUAGACUGAAAAAAUUCUAUUAAUAUAUGGACAGAAAUCGUAAUAUGUGUAUAAUUAUGUAUCAAUAAUUUGUCGCGUUAAAUUAUUGUGUAUUACUGUUAAAAUCAUUAAUAUAUGUAUAUCUCAAGAUAUUUUUUUUUUUUUUUCCUCGUAUAAUUAUAUAAAUGCUUGCAUAGGGAAAUUGAAUUGCCAUUGCAAUCAACUAUGAUUCUGACAGUUUUUAAAUCAGUAUUAAUAAUAAACAAAUGCUUUUACUGAGAAAGAGAGAAUAUUCUUGGAAAAUUAUUUUAUUGAGCCAUCGAUUUAUACAUGCAAAAGAGCGAAAAUGCUAUCUUCGAUUGUAUUAAUGAUUCUAAUAUUAGAUUUAUAAAGGAUAUAAUGUUAAUAUUAUAUCGGAAAGUAUGGAAAGAGAGAACCUUGAUCUAUUAGUAAUAUUUAUUCUAGUUGUUAAAGUAAAGCAUGUGAAACUUAAAGUAAAAAAUUUUGUAUUCUCGGCCCGUACUAGACGCAACCACAGUUAUAACGAAUAUCUAGAAUUUGUGGUUUUUAGGUGAAGCGUUACUUCUCUUUUAGGGCACAUCUGCUGAUAGCUAUAUAACGGCUUUUAUUAUCAUCAAAACCUGUUUCGAAACGACGUAGACGUAGACGUAUAGUUCGGAUAAUAUAGGACAAUUGAUGAGAUGGAUAAAAUAUUGGAGAAAUAUUAAAUAAGAAGAAAAAUAAAACAAAAAAAGGAGAAGAUUAUUUAUUUGCAUUGUUGAAGAUACAGGUACCAAAUGUGAAUGAGCGACAACAAAAUAUAGGGACCGUUACUUUAUCAAUCGUAAUUGACUGGUAAAGUGAUGUAUGAAGGGAUGAAUGUUAUUAGAUUAAGGCAAAUUGUAGACGAUGCAAAUUAGAUUUUAAGGCAAAUAAGAAGCUGCUAUAAUAAUAUAAUCGAUGUCCCAGUGAAUACCAAAAUGAGAUCGGAUAUAUUGAUAAACCACAAAAUUAAUUAAUUCAAUAACUUGUUUUGCACAUACAGUCAAAGUGUACUAAUAAUAUAAACCGUUACAUUCAGCUGGUGUAAAUUUCUCUGUAAGAUUUAAAAAGCAUAUCUUCUCGUUUAAAUAAUUCAGUGAUAUGGUUUAUAACUUAGCUUCGUGUUCGCAAGGAAAAUGAAAGAAAAUCUGUGAGUCGCAUAUCAUAAAAUAUUCUUAUGAAUGCGGGCAUGUCAAAUAUUAUGCAACCGAUUACAUGAUAUUGUAUAUCACUAUGUUUUUAUCUUCUCGUGUUUUUUUGAAAGUAAGAAUUUGGCUUGAUAUUUUUCUGCGCCUGAACGAAUACAGGACUAGAAAAAAACGAGAAUACGAAAAAAUGAGAUUAGUCCUCCUUGUUUAUAAAUACAUAUUUCAAUAAUUUAUUCAUAAAUGAUCCUUUUUCGGCAAUGAAAAUGAUAUAUUUCUAUAAACCUUAAUUUGAGAUAAAGAUAUAUAUUGCCCUAUAUGCAAAAUAUUUCAAGUAUUUCACAUUUUCUCUUAGCCAUAAAUUGCUCGAAGACUAUAUAAGAUUGAAAUUUCUUAACGAGAAUGUUUGAUUAAAAGUUAUUAAUCGUUGCAGCUUUGUAUAUAACUCAGUAUUUUUUUAUUACUGUAAAAUUUUUUGCCAAAUUUUGAGUCCAUUUCAAAAAUGUGUUUUUAUUUGUUUAUAUUUUUUUGUAGCUUGAUUUGCUGAAAGUUGUUAAUUUUCACUGUCAGAAAAACGGUUAUUAAGCCUUUGCGAAAGUCUUUGCCGGGGAUAAAUUAACUCCAGAUUUAUUAGGAAAAUUACAACUGAUGAUUAAUACAUGUACAUUCAAAUUCUUCUUAAAAUGUAUAAAACUAGAGUAUAUAUAAAAAAAUUGAGUGAAAAAUUGAGAAAUUGUAAUAAGGAAGUAAAAUCUAGAAAAAAGUUAGGUAAAUUUCAUAGCAUGCAACUAUGAGAUGUAAAGUUUAAUGUAAGGUAAAUAAUUUAUAUUUGUAUAUCUACAUAAAUAUAUAUAUAUAUACACGCGCACAUACAUACACAUACACACACACACUCAUACAAGAUUAUAAUAACAUUACUAUAUCUCUA